UAAUGUAAAACCAAAAAGAAAAAAAGGAAAGAGGCCGACUUGGGGUAUAAGCCAGAGUUGUUCUUAUAUUUCAAGCUUCCUUCUUCUCAUCAGUCAUCACCGGAAUCUAAUUUUUACUCGCAAAACUGAGCGUUUCUUUUCGUUUCUCAGAAGUUUCCAAUUCUACAGCGAUGGAUCUCAAUCUCGAUGCGCCUCACUCCAUGGGAACGACCAUCAUCGGCGUCACUUACAAUGGAGGUGUCGUCCUCGGAGCCGACUCGCGUACCAGCACCGGGAUGUACGUAGCGAAUCGAGCUUCUGAUAAGAUCACACAACUCACAGACAAUGUCUACGUCUGCCGCUCUGGAUCGGCUGCUGAUUCUCAGGUUGUCUCUGACUACGUCCGUUACUUCCUUCACCAGCAUACAAUUCAGCUCGGACAACCUGCAACUGUAAAGGUUUCUGCCAACCUUAUUAGGAUGCUCGCAUAUAAUAACAAGAACAUGCUCCAAACUGGUCUCAUCGUUGGAGGAUGGGAUAAGUAUGAGGGUGGGAAGAUCUACGGGAUCCCACUUGGUGGAACUGUAGUCGAGCAACCGUUUGCCAUUGGAGGCUCUGGUUCGAGCUAUCUUUACGGGUUCUUCGAUCAGGCCUGGAAAGAAAACAUGACCAAAGAAGAAGCCGAGCAACUUGUUGUGAAGGCGGUUUCACUAGCCAUCGCCCGUGAUGGAGCCAGUGGUGGUGUCGUACGGACUGUCAUAAUCAACUCAGAGGGAGUCACGAGAAACUUUUACCCUGGCGAUAAGUUGCAGCUUUGGCACGAGGAAUUGGAGCCCCAAAACUCACUCUUAGACAUCCUAAACGCCGCUGGUCCUGAACCAAUGGCCAUGUGAUCGGCAAACAACAAUCAAUUAUCUUACUCUGUUGGGCAAACAUUUUAGAUAUUUCAUUACAUUUUGCAGUGUCUUCAAGACUUUAAACUCUGUUUGUAAUGACCCGAUCUAUCUUUUUAAAAUGGAUAUCGUGUUUGUUAUGGCUAUGGUUAUAAUUCCUCUGUUCUCGA